GGCAGCGGCCCCGGCCCCGGCCCGCCAUGGCGCACUCGGCGCCGCUCGGCCUCCUGGAGCAGGGCUGCCCCAUCCAGGUGGAGCACGAUCGCAAGCGGCGGCAGUUCACCGUGCGCCUCAACGGUUGCCACGACAAGGCCGUGCUGCUCUACGAGUACGUGGGGAAGCGGAUCGUGGACUUGCAGCACACGGAGGUGCCGGAUGCCUAUCGAGGGAGAGGAAUAGCCAAGCACCUGGCAAAGGCAGCCCUGGACUUUGUGGUGGAGGAGGACCUGAAGGCUCACCUGACGUGCUGGUACAUUCAGAAAUACGUCAAGGAGAACCCGCUGCCGCAGUACCUGGAACACUUGCAGCCUUAAGGCAGGACUGCUCCCACACCAGCACACCUGUCCCUGACUGUUCAACGCGGCCUUCGCUUCUCCGCAGUCUCAGGAAACCCCUUCCCACACUCGCAAUUCCCGUUUUCCUCAAGCGUGUCCAUGCGGCGCGCGAGUGUGGGCACGACCUCCCGCUCUCUGCCCACGUGUGAGCAUGGCUGCAGCCCCUGGGCCAGGCUGGCUCUGGGCACACGUGGUGCCCCCCAGUGCUUUUCACCAGGGGAUAGGAGAGGGUGAUUUUUCCGCCAAACUCCGUCGCAAGGCCAGGGGAUGACUUGUUCCGCACCUCGUCCUCUCCCCUCCGCUUGGCGACGGCUCUGAACUCGCUGGGGGAUGUUGGUUAGGGGUGAUUGUGGGGUACCAACCCCCUCUUUGCUCCUGGCAGCCGGGGAGAUGCUGUGGAUUAAGCUCCGUGGGACAGAGGGGGGUGUCAGGUUCAUCCCCUGCAGCCCCUGUUGGGCACCAAGCCGUGUCCAAGCCCACAUGCAAUACAUACAGGAACAUGUGGACCGUGGUGGCACCUCGGGAGCUUUGCUGCACUGGUUGUGGAGACGCUGGGGUGGUGACACCCCCGAGCCCAGAGACGAGAGCCGUGUGAGGAGCGGACAUGGACUGCGGAGUCUGUGCAGAGGAAGAAAUGUGGCUGAGUUGCAGAUGCUGCUCCCUGGAGAUGCCAGCUCCUGCCCAGCUUCUGUACACAAGCCUGAAGAGGCAUCCCACAGGGACAUGGACUGUUAUUCCCAUCUUCCUGCCCUUGGUGUGGACACAGCCUGCUCAGGAGAAGAGACCAGCCCCACAGCCAGCCCUGGCCUAAGCGAUGAGGGGCAUCCCAGGACACCAAGGUGGUUUCCUGCAGCUGAGGAAGAAGGCUCCCCACAUCUCCCUCUUCUCCAUCUCUGCAUCCCUGUCAAUGCCCCAGAUCAGCCCCCUCAUGACAUCCUGAGAGCAGCAGGGUGAGGCCUCCAGGACCUGCUCCAGGGUUCAGUGCUGGAGGCGUCCAUGUGGAUUCCAAUGGCUUCUCCUUACAGCCUUUGGAGAGAAGCCCUGGCUCAUGGCAUAACCUGUCUGCUCAGUGGCCUCCUCACAGCUCCGAGCUCAGGGCACUGGCAGCAUCGUGGGGACCUUGGCCAGCAGCAGGAGCACCCUCAUUUUGUGCUCUUACCUCCACGGAUGAUGAUUCUGUAGCACAACCCGGCAUUGCCACGCUCAGAUGUAGAGGUGACACCAUGAUGGCAGGGCACUGCCAGGUUCCAGCUUGCUGCCUGCCCUGCCUCGCCUGGUUUUUCCAGGUCCUGAGCUGCACCUCAGAGCAUCUCACAGGGAGCUCUCAGGAUUCUGUAGUGUCCCAGGGCAGGGCAGUGGUGAGGGAGAUGAUGUUUUCAAUACACCCAGCCCUGAGCAGCAGCUGGAGGCUGCAGCCAGGCAGGAGAUGGAGAGCCUCUCACCUGGAGACCAAAUCCAGACCUUGCUUAGCCCAGCAGUGACUAAAGUUUACAAUCUGUGCCACGGAGUGACUGAAGCCCCAGGUGAGAGGCAGCUCAGCCCUUUCCCAGAGCCCAGCACAAAGUCCAUGGCAGCAAAGGCAAAAACUCCUGCAAGUCUUCUCUCCUGGCUGGGAUGGCCAGAGAUGGAGGCCCUGUGCCAGGAUUUCAGCCUGAGCUGUCCCUGGCCACCAGCUCGAGGGGAACCCUUGCUGCCUGCCCGUGCUUUUGGGCUGCCCAUCACCAGCACAGCGCAGCCCUCUCAGGCUUCCAAACCUCCCAAACUCCAUCCCUGCCCUGCACGCUGCAGGCUGUGAGACCCCUGCCCGUGCCCACCACCUGUGCCAGGGGGCAGAGCCGCCCCUGCUUUGUGCUGCUCAGGGAAGGCCUCGAGCUCAGCCCUGCCUCUGCUUCAUUUCUGCCCUCCUGCUGCUUAUUUCACCCAGGCUGUGACCUUUAGGGUGGCUUCGAGGGACAGGGAAAGGGUGGCAGGUAGCAAACUAAGGGGGCUAGAGAAGAAAUGUGGGCUGCUAAAUGUUCCUUCUUUAACAUGCAGAACGCACUUCAACACACAGUUACAGGAGCAAGGCUGGCUCUGGCACUGCUGUGAUGACUGAACCGUCUCUUCUCUUGAUUCCAAGGUGAAGCUGAACUGUUUUCUCCCCUGGAAGCCAAGAUAAGACACUUGUGUCUUUGCCACAGCAGGGCUGGGUGCUCGGGAGCGAUGUUUGAGCCCAGUGCUGCGAGCCCCUGUGCUGGUUUUGUGCUCAUUUCCACUGUGUGCAGCCUCCAGCAGUUCCCUGUUGUGUCAGCUCGCUGGAGGGUGUGCUGUGCUCGCUGUCUGGGCAGUGUCCCAGUGUCCAGCCUGGCUCUGGAGCCCCUUGUGCUGCUCUGGCAGGAACCUCGUGCUUCCCGGCGCCGGCUCACCCGCAGCGAUGGCUGCCUUAAAUCAGGCACAGCACACGGUUUUGCUGCUGCUUCCCUUCGAGGUGCUACAACCCCUGACCUGACAGAGACGUGUGCCAGUGUCUGUGCCAACCAUUUCUCCGCUGUGUCCGUGCUCUGUCCCAGCCUUCCCUCCUCCUCGAUGCCAGUGAAUAGCAAUACCCGCAGGUCACCACCCACCAGGGUCGGGUGGGACCCGCCUCGGGGUCCCUCGGUGCUGGGACUAGCCCUUCCCUGCCUCCCCACCAGCUGCCUUUUCCCAGGUGGUCUCUGCAGAAAGGAGCUUUGAGUCCUGCGCUGCCCCUUGGUGCUGAUCAAGCCUGCAGGAGUUUGGGAUCUUGGACUCUCCCCGGGCAACAGGAGUGUGGAAGUGGUUUGGUUGAAUACUGAGCUCCCCAAACCCAUUUGAACUACAGACCUUUGGUGGGUGGGGGAAUGCAGGUGGCUGUCAAACCUGCUUCCACAGCCCCCAACUUGAAACACCCCCUCCCUCGUCCGCUCUCCAGCGUUGUCUUCCUCUGUCCAAGGUUUCCGUUCUGUUGGAUUCGGUGGUUACGAUGUGCCUUUCCUUCUCAGGACCUGUUACAAACGACCUUUCUGCUCUUGUUUAUGUUUAACAUUUAUCUUGACUCCUCCCUCUGUCAUACUAUAAAACAUGAACAUAAUGCAUGGAAUACAAUACAAUAAAAGUGUGGCUUAACUGA